CCAUCUAUCGUGCAUGGUUACUGGUUUAGUUUUUUUCAAAUCAAAAAACACGUUCGGAUUGAAUUCCGGUUAAGAACCAAAUUCCGGUUAAUCUUUUUCUCUAUUUACCUAAAUUAAAUUUUCGUUUUUUUAAUUUAAUUAGUGUUUAUAUCAUUCGUAGUUCGUGGCAAUUUUGGUCCUAAGGAUAAGAAGGGUAUCUAAUGGAAAUGGAUAAGGUUGAUGAUAUUACUGAUCCGAAUACGGGUGAAGUAAUUGUUGAAGAAGAUGCAGCGCAAGUUACCAUUCCAGAAGCCAUAGUUGAAGCUAUCCCUACCCGCAAGAAAACGGGCGGUAAAGUUGGUAGACCGAUAACAAGUCCUAGAACUAUGGCGGCGACUUUCCCAGAGAUCCCUGUUAUUCUGGCCAAAUUGAACUCAGGGGAAUGUUUCACUCGUAUGCGAACUUCACAUGCCUCAUCCGAAGUUUGGUCCCUUUUUGAAGAAAUAGCUUAUGUAGAAACCCAAGAAUUCACUGGCAUCGUGAGAUGUAAAAUGUGUCAUUUUAUGACUCGAUAUCACGGCCAAAUCACGGGUACUUCUCAUAUGAGACGCCACCCUUGCUUUGCCAAUUCACAUUCUUCUGAUCUAGCAGGAGGAGGAUCAGGUAACAAUGAUUCGUCUUACGCCUUUCUUCCUAAUGGAACUAAAUUGAAAACUUAUAGUAAAAAAUGUUUAUCAGGAGUUUCACAGUCAUCGCCGUCAUCAUCAUCAUCAUCGCCGACUACUCCGUCGAUAAAAAGAGGACCCAAUAGCUUUACUGUUGGAGCUGGAGAUGAUCUUUCCUUUAUAAGCUGGCCAUUGGUUUAUGAGAAGUUCAAUGAAGUUAAGGACGCACUUACCUCAGAAUCAAUUGGAUACCUUUCAUGUAAAGAGUGUAAAGCAUUGAUAAAACGUGAUGUACGUAGCAUAACUGGACACUCUUGUAAAUCCAAAGAUAUAGCUCGUAAAAAUGCAUCACCCAUCGAUACAUCGAGUCUUUUAUUUCGCAUGAAACCAAAAAGUCGAGCAACUCCUAUUUGGGAUAUUUUCGAAGAGAUCAUUGAUCCAACAUCAAGCACAGUCCUUGGUUAUGUAAGAUGUAAACAAUGUAAAAACAUAAUUCGUGCUACGGACCCAAAAUCUAUUCCCGCUGUUCUUAGGAAACAUAUACCCAACUGUCCAGCAGAGAACUCAAAUACUCAAUCAUCAAUGAUCCUAUCUAAUGAAAGUGAGUCCGAGAUCGAUUCUGCUGUUGUGCAAAUUGUAUCAUAUAAUCCAUCAACAAAUAGCAUAAAAGUAUCAUCACCUUCUUCCAAUCAACAAUCUCCAACUCGAUCCGUCAUAACUACUUCUAAAUUAUCUAUGGGCCCACCAACAACCCCUAUUAUAUCUAAAAAUAUGAUUCCUCAAGGUGUUUCUCCUAAAAUUGUCAAUGCCAAAUCCGAUUUCAGAGAAAAAGUCAUUCAAUUUUGCUAUAGUGAAUUAGUGGGUCUUGAAGCCGUUGCUAGUGAAUCAUUCAAACGUCUCGCUCAAAGUUUGGUCAGCUUAGGAUCACAAUAUGGACAGUACAAGUCAACUCUAAUUUUGCCUGAUGUUGGUCAGCUCCAACUUCAUAUGAAUCAACAUUAUUCCCAAGUUAAAGAAACCAUUCGUAUUCAACUGGACAAUGAAAUAUCACAAAAUAUGGGCGGUGCAUUGGUUUGUGACACUCAAGGCGCCCUUUGUAUUUUGUCUGCUUAUUACAUUAACAAAGACUGGCAACUAGUUGAAUCAAUUUUAAGCGCCACCGUUAGCAAUGAAGACAUUAACUUGUUUAUCACUUCUGCUCUUAAUGAUUAUGGUCUCAAUGAGGAAGAACGAUUAGCCAAAUUUACAUUUGUCUCUAGAGGUGGACUUUUUGACGGAGUAAACAUUUGUUUACCUUCAAUAGCACAUACCAUUGAUCAACUUAUUGAGACCACCAUUUUUAACGAUGAAAUGAUUUCUGAUAUAGUUGAAAGCUGUCGUAUUAUUUGCUCCGAGUUGAAAGCUGAAAUCAAGCUUGACCCGUUAACAGCAAAUGUAGCUUGGAUCUAUAAAUGGGAAUUAAUGAAUACAGUAUUGAUCAAUAAGGAUAAUUUCGAAAUGCAAGAUUCUAAGCAACUUGACUUUGAUCUAAUCAAAAAUAUUGUAGAUCUUUUAAUCAUUUUCAAGGAAGCGUCAAUUGAACUACGACAAUGUAAUAAAUACCCUACUUUAAACCACGUUCUUUUGUGGUAUCACAAGCUUUUAAAAGUUUUAAAUGCAACCUCAAUCGUAUCAGCAUCUGUACCAUCAACAUCUGCAUCAACAUUAAAUUCAUCAUUAACAUCAACGUCAUCAACGUCACCAUUAAUACCCACCGAUAAUUCUUCACCAUCAGCCGCAUUUACACCAACAAGUACAAAUGAUAUUUCAGAUGAAACGCCAUUCCUUGGAUCAAUUAAAAAUUUUCUCAAACUUGGAUUAGAGCAACAUUUUAAUCUACACAAUCUUCACAAAAUCGCCACCUUUUUGUGGCCAAAUUUCCGUUAUCUUAAAAUGUUAAGUGUAGAAGAACGAGAUGAAGUUCAUACACAAGUACGCAGCUACAUUGAAACUCGAUUGCCUCAUGAAGAAGGAUUUGUAUCGGUUGUCAAAAGAGCAAGAUCUGAUUUCUCUGAUUGGGAAGAUAACGCUGUAGAUGGAGUAGAUGAGAUUGAAAAAUAUGUAACAGCCAUGUUAACUUCAUGCAGUGAAAGUAAUCUUCUUCAAUGGUGGAAAGAACAUCAAAAUGAUUUUCCAAAGCUUUCUCGCCUUGCUAAAUGGAUUCUAUCCAUUCCAGCCUCUGUAACUUCACUGGAAAAAUUCAAACUCCAUCCAACCCAACAAGUCAACGAUGAACUAUUAUUUUUAUAUUGUAACUCCUCUAAACGUAACUAAGAGAAAUAGUUUACUUUUAGGAAACAACUUCUUCCAACUUUCUUAACAAAAAGAAAAGAUUUAGUUCAAUUAAAAAGAGCUUGGUUCGUAGCACUUGGCAAGAGAAGAUGAAAUUAAAAGCGGAGCGAAAAGCAAUCAAAGAACAAGAUGAUAAGUUUAAAGCACGUCGCCAACAAAAGUUGGAGGAAACGCGACGACGUCGACAAGAGGCUAGAAAACUCAAGGAGGAAAACCAACGCAAAGCUGAGGUAGUAGAACCGAUAAAAAAUACAAGCAAGAUCAGAAGAAUGACCAAGAAACAACUCAAAAGGAUCCGCAAAGCAUGAUAAUUGGAAAACUAUACUUUUUGAAUCUAUCGAAUAUUCGAUUUUUCAUGAACUUGCCGAAAAAGUGAUAAAUAAAAUAUUGACCAAAUAA